AUGACUUCGAGAGCGCCCAAUCCCGCCUCGGGAUCGCGGAAGAUCAGCUUCAAUGUGAGCGAGCAGUAUGAUAUCCAGGAUGUCGUCGGUGAGGGUGCUUAUGGUGUUGUUUGCUCGGCGCUCCACAAGCCUUCUGGCCAGAAGGUUGCUAUCAAGAAGAUCACCCCCUUCGACCACUCCAUGUUCUGCCUGCGCACACUGCGCGAGAUGAAGCUGUUGCGGUACUUCAACCACGAAAAUAUAAUCUCCAUCCUCGACAUCCAAAAGCCUCGAAGCUAUGACACCUUUACCGAGGUCUACCUCAUCCAGGAGCUGAUGGAGACCGAUAUGCACCGUGUUAUCCGCACGCAGGACCUCUCCGAUGACCACUGCCAAUACUUCAUCUACCAGACCCUGCGAGCUCUUAAGGCCAUGCACUCCGCCAACGUCCUUCACAGAGAUCUAAAGCCCUCUAACCUGCUCCUCAACGCCAACUGCGAUCUCAAGGUCUGCGACUUCGGCCUGGCUCGUUCUGCUGCCUCCCAAGAGGACAACUCUGGUUUCAUGACCGAAUACGUUGCUACACGAUGGUACCGUGCUCCGGAAAUCAUGUUGACCUUCAAGGAAUACACCAAGGCGAUUGAUGUCUGGUCCGUUGGAUGCAUUCUUGCUGAGAUGUUGAGCGGCAAGCCGUUAUUCCCUGGAAAAGAUUACCAUCACCAACUCACCCUCAUCCUCGAUGUCCUCGGGACCCCGACAAUGGAGGACUACUACGGCAUCAAGUCCCGCCGCGCCCGCGAGUACAUCCGCUCCCUCCCGUUCAAAAAGAAGGUCCCCUUCAAGCAGAUGUUCCCCAAGACCUCCGACUUGGCUCUUGACCUUCUUGAGAAGCUUCUCGCCUUCAAUCCAGUUAAGCGUAUCACCGUCGACGAGGCUCUGCAACACCCUUACCUCGAGCCAUACCACGACCCUGAGGAUGAGCCUACUGCAAGCCCGAUUCCAGAGGAGUUCUUUGAUUUUGACAAGAACAAGGACAACUUGACCAAGGAGCAGCUGAAAGAGUUGAUUUUCAACGAGAUCAUGAGAUAA